GGUCAAGUUGAGUUGUCAGAGAUGAGAGAGAUCGGGGCCAGUCAGGGUCAGGUGACCUCGCUCCCCCCUCCCUCUCCCUCCCCUGACGGACGGGCCGUCGGCCGCUUUUGGUCUGGUUGCACCGCCUGGCCGACUCGUGUUCUCUCGCUGCAGGAGGCCGCCAUGGUGCCGUGCCUACUGUGUACGCUAUCGAUGGGAUGGUACUCCGUACAGUAAGUAACCUUCGAAGUGAC